AUGACACCCGGGACGAUUCAGCAGAUUCCUAAACGUAAUCAGCAAAAGCAAGCCCAUCGGAGCAAUUUGUCCCAAACGCAAGAUGCUCCGAUUCAAACCCUCGGCCAAGCCUGCAACCAAAACCUCAGCGGACAACACUAUCAACCACGUUCUUCCACAAGUCGUACCAUUAAAGCUUCGCGGUGCCUUGAUUAG